AUGAAGUGGCGCAACGUCCGACAGCGCGACACAGCCACAGAGCACAACAAAGACGAGCCUCUGCUCGGCCAGUUCGACUUGGACGCAGAAUACAUCAGCGUGGAGCGAGACUCGAACUCGGCCAGUCCAAGCAGUCUCGGUUCGAGGCCCAUUGAAGUACCGGUCGCCGGGGCGACGACGUUGUGCCCCGGCGACUUGAGUCGCUUUUCGCCUCUCCUCCCCCCCGCAGGCGCGCCACCUCCGCACACCGGCCUCAACCUGCUGGAGCUGGAGGAGGCCUGUCUCGAGGCCAUGCGGGACUCGGACCUGGGCCGGCUGGCGCUCUGGGCGACAGUGCUACAGACGAGCCAGGCCGCCGGCCAAUCACUGCUCGCCUGGCCGCCCUCCAGCACGCCCACAGAGCCCUUUCUUCUCUUUCUGCUCUCCACCCUCGGCGGACCUCCGCCUUCGUGGAGAAGCGCUCCAACUGGAGGACCUCCAACAGCCUUUGAAACCUCCUUUCCAAUUUACCCUCAGCUUCCACCACCGUCGCCGCCAUUCUCCGGACCUCCGCCUGCCUGCCUCCCUCAUCAGGGAUCCGAAAUGGAUCCAGCCGACCCUGUUGGAUCAUGCCAUGCGGGCCGAUUCGUGGUCGCCGCCAACUCGCUGUCACCGCCAACUCCUACAACGGAAUCGCCUAAAACGAUAACGUUACAACUGCUACGAUCGCAGGUACCGGUAUCGGUGCCAGGGUCACCAGCCGACCCUUUCGAUGCUUCAGCCAGCCUGCCGUCGUCGGUCAAGUCGAGGCAGACGGAGUCGUGGUUACCAGGCGGUGACGAGUUCUGGCGACAGACUGGUGCCUUCUGUAGACUUCGGCCAGAAGCGCCAGUCUCUCUCUCCCCCUCAGACCUUUUGGGCGAUGUCCUCCGGCCACGGAGGUGGUUGCCUCCGACAACCGGCCUUCUUUCUAAUAACACGCUCGACCUUCAGACCGCCACAAAGGCCGAAGUGGAGAAACAGGCUCUUCCGACGGUUCGAGAUGGCCUACAUCGGUUGUCAGAAGUCGAUGGGCUGGAGAAGAGUCGUCAGGAGUCGGAAAGAUCAGCAUUUUUGCCAAGACAACCAAAAGAGAUGCAGAAAUCGGCUGGAAUUGUUACAUCCGGUGGCCAUUUCUGGCUGGAAAGUCGGCCAUCGACUGGGACUAUCGACACAAACAAUUCACUAUACAAUCCGGCAAAGCUGGAGCCAGGCCACGAAGAGGCUGUCGCUAGGCAGAUGGGUCUGUCUCGGGUCCAUUGA